UGUGUGACCUUUGAGGACGUUGCUGUGUACUUCUCCUGGGAGGAAUGGAGGCUCCUUGAUGAGGCUCAGAGACGCCUGUACCUGGAUGUGAUGCUGGAGAACUUUGCACUCAUAUCCUCACUAGGUUGCUGCUGUGGAGCAGAAGAUGUGGAGGCUCCUUGUGAGCAGAGCAUUUCUGUAGAAGUUUCACCUGCCAGGACUCCCAAGGGAGCUCCAUCUUCCCAGAAGACCCACCCCUGGGAGAUGUGUGGUCCAGUCUUGAGAGAGAUUUUCCACUGGGCUCAGCAGCACGGAACACAACACAGCCUGAAACUGUUGAGGUGUGGGGCUUGUACAAAACGGUUUUAUUUCAGUGCAAACUUUCAGCAGCACCAGGAGCAGCACAUGGGAGAGAAACCCCUCAGAAGCAGUGUAGACAAGGCCUUGUUUGUGAAGAGCUGCAGAUUCCACGUGUCAGGGAAGCCCUUUCCUUGGGGGGAGGUUGGGAAGGACUUCCUGGGCAGCUUGGGACAUCAGCAGCAACAAGCCACUCAUACCAGGGAGAAGCCAAGCAAAAUCACACAGUGUGGAGCCACUUUACCAGGCAGAAAAAGUCAUUACACCUGGGGAGAAUGCAAGAAAGCCUUCAGCCCCAAACGCACACUUGUUCAGGACCAGGGUGUCCACGCUAAAAGACAGUGUUUUACAUGCCAUGAAUGUGGGAAAACAUUCAGGUACAAAUCCUCAUUUGUUGUGCACCAGAGAGUCCACACUGGAGAAAGGCUUCAUGUGUGUGGAGAAUGUGGCAAAUCUUUUAGGCAAAGUUCAACCCUCAAUCAACAUCGAAGAAUUCAUACUGGGACAAGGCCAUAUGAGUGCAGCAAAUGUGGGAAAUCCUUAAGCCACCAAUCUGUCCUCAUUCAUCCCCAAAGAUGGCAAAAUGGGGAAAAGAGUUAUGUGUGCAGUGAAUGCACAAAAUGUUUUAGCCAUAGCUCGGUGUGCAUUCAACACAGGAGAGUUCAAAUUGGAGAGAGGCCUUAUAAAUGUAGUGACUGUGCGAAAUCCUUUACCUCUAGCUCUGCCCUCAGUUAUCAUCGGAGAUCUCACACAGGAGAUAGGCCUUAUGAGUGCAGUGAUUGUGGGAAAUCUUUUAUUUCUAGGUCUGACCUCCGUUAUCAUCAGAGAGUUCAUUCUGGAGAAAGGCCUCACAAGUGCAGUGAAUGUGGGAAAUCUUUUAUCACUCGUACUGCGCUCCGUUAUCAUCACAGAGUUCACACUGGAGAAAGGCCUUUUGAGUGUAAUGAAUGUGGGAAGUCCUUUACCCGAAGAAAUAACCUCAUUAUACAUCUGAGAGUUCACUCAGGAGAAAGGCCUUAUGGGUGCACUGAAUGUGGAAAAUCUUUUACCUUUAGCUCCAGCCUUCGUUAUCACCACAGAGUGCACACAGGAGAAAGGCCUUAUGAGUGCAGUGAAUGUGGGAAAUCUUUUAACGAUAGGUGGACACUCAUUCGACACCGGAGAAUUCACACUGGAGAAAAGCCUUAUGUGUGCAGUAAAUGUGGGAAAUCUUUUACCUGUAGUUCCACCCUGCAGUAUCAUGAGCGAGGUCACCUGGGAGAAAGGCCUUAUGAGUGCAGUGAAUGUGGGAAAUCUUUUACCACUAGCUCUGCCCUCCAUUAUCAUCAGAGAGCCCACACAGGAGAGAGGCCUUAUGAGUGCAAUGAAUGUGGGAAAUCUUUUAUCUCUAAGUCUGACCUCCAUUAUCAUCAGAGAGUUCAUUCUGGAGAAAGGCCUUAUGAGUGUAGCGAAUGUGGGAAAUCUUUUAUCCGAAGAAAUAACCUCACUUUACACCAGAGUUCACACAGGAGAAAGGCCUUAUAAGUGUAGUGAUUGUGGAAAAUCUUUUAACAAUAGGUGGACGCUCAUUCAACACCAGAGAGUUCACACAGGAGAAAAGCCUUAUGUGUGCAGUGAA